CGGUGAAGCAAAACCAGAGAGAGGCUGGGGGGUGUUUUAUGCAGGAUGUUAUUAAAGUGGAUGUAAGCAAAAGAGUUGGUCGACUUUUCCCACCCUCUUCCCCAGAAAGGAUCAACAAGCAGUUCAGGAUUAGAGACGAGGAGGAUCAGUCUGUUUGAAGGCGUCCAAUGUGGUGAUAAUCCCUACAUCCCUCUCAAGUUGGGCUGAGUAAUGCAAGUUGUCUAGUGUGCACCUCAUGUUACCCUGGACUACACAACAGUUGCCUCGUCGGACAGCUGAGGAUGCCAUCCCUGCCUGUGGGAGCCGGCAGCUGAGGAGCCGUGCAGUCUUUUCGGUGGGCAUGAUUUGAUUCCUCCAGCCUUCUCUUCAGUGUCCUGCCAUGGCUGACGCUAUCUUCGGCAAUGGCAGUGAUCAAUGGGUGUGUCCCAAUGACCGGCAGCUGGCGCUGAGAGCCAAGCUCCAGAGUGGCUGGUCGGUGCACACAAACCAGACUGACAAGCAGCGGAAAAUGCAGGCGCUGAACCCGCAGGAGCUGGAGGUCAUCCUGGAGGUCAUCCGCAAGGCAGAGAAGCUGGACGUUGUUGAGCAGCAGCGAAUCGGGCGCCUGGUGGAGCGGUUGGAGAACAUGAGGAAGAAUGUGAUGGGGAAUGGGCUGUCUCAGUGCUUACUCUGUGGUGAGCUGCUGGGUCUGCUGGGGACCACGUCAGUCUUCUGUCAGGACUGCAAAAAGAAAGUCUGCACCAAAUGUGGCAUUGAAAGUCUCGGGACCCAGAAACGCCCGCUGUGGCUGUGCAAAAUCUGCAGUGAACAAAGAGAGGUUUGGAAGCGGUCUGGUGCCUGGUUCUACAAGGGGCUGCCGAAGUACAUCAUGCCUGUGAAAAGCACCAAAGCCAAUGACCUGCGCCUGCGGCCUCGACAGCCUGAGCCGGACGUUCAGGAAGUGAAGGGCGUCGGGACUAACCGUUCCUAUACCUGGGCCAGGGGGAGAGUGGUUUCCAGCGAGAGCGAGAGCGACUCCGAAUUCAGCUCCUCUAGCCUGGAUGACAAGUCCUUGUCUGGGAGGUCCAAGGGCCUGAAGAUCAGGAAGCCCGAGGCGGAAUCAGCGGCUGGCAGUGACGCCCCCAGGACUCCCAGCGGGAGCACCCACUCCGGCGCCUUCUCCAAGAGCCGCAGCAGCAAGCCCAGGGGAGGCCCCGGUGCUGCUGAGAGCUGCCAGAGUGACCUGCUGGCGGAGCAGCGCGACAGCAGUGCCAGCCGGAGCGGCCCCGGCAAACGCCGCCUCCACCCGAGUCCCUGGUGUUGAUGGGAGUCGACGUCUCGCUGCUUGACCCAGAGCCAGCACGCUUGCCUGACGUGUCCAGUCUGGUGCUGUCCACGCCGCCUGAGCGAACCCUGGCGUUCUGCGAUGCCAGGAAUCCACGCAGCCUGCCGUGGGCUGGAAGGAACCAUUGCUGUCUGUCUUAGUGUAGUUUGUCUUGGUUUUGGUUUUGCCUCCUGCUGGCUGACGAAUGGGACACGCUUGGGUUGGAGGGAUGCCCUUCUGAGUGAGGAAGGGAGCAGGUGACACCAGGGUAGCCGACCCAGCUGUGUGUUAGUAUUUCUGCUGAGAUUCAUUCCCCCCUCCCAAGUGGAGAGCCCAACUCGGAGCCGCCUUGGCAAGGACAUUGCAGUGUCGCGUGGCGUGGGCACGGGACUAGGAAUCGAGAUGCUUGCGCUGUGUUCUGGCUCCCUGAGCAACCUUGAGCAAAUCACCCAGUGCAGCGCGGUGCCCAAGAUCCUCGUCUGCGCAAUGGGUUUUGCAGAAGACGUUGGCCUGCCUUCUGUGACACGCUUUGAGCGCCGCCGGUGACCGGCAGGUGUGAGCGAGCGGCACCGCCACACGCAGGCCUGGCCCACUGAUGCCCAGGGAAGCCCUUGAAACAGAGCAUGUGAGCGGCACGGAGCCUCCUGCUGCUUCUCUGCACAGGGUGAGCCCCUCGCAAUAGCCAGCGAGGGCGAAAUCCUGGCCCUCUUGAAGUCAAGGAGUGUUUUGCUGCCAACUUCCAUGGGGCCGGGAUUCCACCCUGCAUAUUCCCACCACAGUUAUUACUGGAUUUAUUGUUGUUUUAAUCAGAGAUCCCCUUGGCAGACACCAUGGCAGAGGAUAGUUGUGAGUCUUUUCAUUGAGCCCCAGUACGGUGUCCUCUUGUUUCAGGUCUCUGGUGUCAGUGCUGGGAGUAGCCCCUCUGUGCUGCAGGCUGUGUGUGUUUUACCUUUCAGUGGGAGAUGCCUGCUCACGCCCUGGCCAGCUCUCCUGGAUGGCACAUGGCAGCCUUCUGGGCCAAGUGUUCUAAACAGAAGGUACUUUGCCUUGUGAAGGGGGCAGGAGCCAAGUCUGGGUGUUCUCCUUUUUGCCCCAGUUCUCCCAGGAAUGGGUGAAUCAAUUCCACCCCCUGCCAGCACUAUCCCAUGCAUCUGUCCUCCCCCUUCUUUCUGUGGGGUAGAGGGAAUAUUGGUUUUUAACAGGAAAAUACCCUGUCACGUGAACACACAUGCAUUGGAUGUUACAGCUGGCUGCUGGCUGAUGGUAGAUGAGAUCAGCUACUCCCAACCCCAAGUAAUGCUCUGGUUUUGCACCCAAUGCUGUUGCUGCUUGUGCUGCCUGCCGGGUGACAUGCUACAGGACAGGCGUUUUAUGUGUUGGUCUGAGCUAGAAGACUAAGACCUGUAGGGACAGAUUUUCAAAGGUAUUUAGACACCUAAGGAAGCCGAGAGAUGCCUGGGUAGCAGGUGGGAUUUUUGAAAGUGCCUAUCUCCAUUUUCAUGUGCCCAAACGCCUUUGAAAAUCUGGCCUUAGGUGCCUCUGCUACUUCUCAGAAUGGGACUUAGGUACCCGAGUCCCAUGAGCGCUUUUGAAACUGUUACGGCUUAUUUUUACAGCCCCGGUUACCUUCUCUGUCUGACUUACCUCCACUUUGCAUUAUUAAGGCAGAAGAAGUUUUAAAAAUCGAAUUUUCCUUAUCACCGUCCACCUCGCUUGUUUCCUUGUUAUACUUCAUUCCACUUGGACAAUGAAAGCCACUUAGUUUCAUUGUGUUUCAGUCACUUUUGUGCUGGCAUCUCAUUCACCAACCUCUAUAGAUUGCCAGCACUACAGGGGGGUUGAUUUCCUCCUGAUGUGUUCAUCACUCGUUUGUCGGGCUGUUUAAAAUCCUGAAAAUGCUUCAGUUAACACUGUUUUGUGAAACGCUUUUGCUUAAAACAAGCACAGAUGUGGGGCUGAUACCGUCCCCAAACCCUGCUUGCCCCUCGCUCACACCCGUGUAAUUGUUAACUUCAGCAAAGUUGGCCCUGAUUCAAAGUCGGAUCUGGAACCUGUUGAAGUGGAUACCGGAUCCAAGCUCAGCAUCUCCAAGCCCAAUACUCACUGACUAUCAAUAUGUCUCCACUUUGAGCUGGGAACUGCAAAUUUCAGCUCAAGGAGACAUACCUGCACUAGCUUUGAUCCCGCUAGCAUGCUAAAAAUAGAGCAUAGCACUGACACCAGUCUGCGAUCCCUGAUACAUACUCAGGGCAGCUAGCCCACAGCCGUGAGUACACUCUGUGAUGAGCAAGCUAGCAUGAUAAGAGCUCAUGCGGGUAUGUCUCCCUGAACUGGAAUUUCCACCUUCAGUUGGAAGCAUAGACAUAUCCACCCAUGUAAAUGUACAGACGUGCACAGCUCCGUGCUAAUUCUUUUCACGAGAGAUUUGCCAUCCCUUAAAGGUGAAUUUUCCCCCUAAUGUGUGUUUACAGGUCUCCAGCCAGGUCCUCAUCUUCAUUUUAGCCUGUAUCAGAUGCCUGCAUUUUUUAGUCUGAGCGUGGUGGGGACGCAGGAAAGGGAAUAUGAAUGGGUCUCCAUGUACUAGGAUGUUGCGUGUGUUCUUCCCUUCCCCUCCCUAAUGUUAUGUAACAUUUGAGAAGGGAGAUAAUAAAGUUUUGACACUGCA